CUGGGGGAGAGUGGGAUGAAAUGCCUUCUACAUCGCAAGGGCAAACAGAAUAUUAUCAUUAUGGAAAAGACGAAUGUGAAGAGGAAUAUGAUGAAGAGGAAUAUGAAGAAUAUGAAACUGAUGACAGGAUUCGAGAAUAUGAUAAUACUGAAGGACUGUGGCAAGAAAUGCCUUCUACAUCGCAAGGACAAACAUCCCAUCAUUAUGAUAAUUGGGAUGAGGAUGUUUCACAGUAUAAUCCAGACAUACAUAUUCAAUUCGGAGGAAUGAAUAUAAGUGGUAAAAUUUUAUAA